UCGGCAGUCCUGCGGUGCCAGGAAGCCAAGCUGGGGCUGGGGUCUGCUCCAACUCAAAAAGGCACCACAGGCUUUUUUAGUGCUGUGGGAAGAGGCUGGAUGGAAACAGCAACCCAGCUCUCCUCGCAAAAGGGACAUGCCAGGCACAAAUGCUCUUGAGCCAGCACACAGCAGAGUCUAGUGGGAGGAGCCAAGGACCUGCAUUCUACCUGAUUUGGGGUGUUGCUGAGGGAAUGUCAGAGCCCAAGGAGAGCUUGCAGAGGUCUCACCUCCAGCUGGCCCCCAAUAUCCAUAGAUUGUGAGCAGGACUGAGACCACAGCCUUGCCUCGAUGCUUGGACAGCUGCCACAGGUCCUGCUGCACACCCAUGGCUUCACCUUGCAAUUCUUGCUCUCCUCAUUUUUUCUCCCACACGCCCCAUGUCCAGGGGCAAUUCCAGCUUGCGUGGUGGGAGUCACACCCCUGCAGCAGGGCUGGGAUUCCCAAGAGCUUUGCCAGAAGCACCGGCAUGGCAGUGCUUUGGAGACUGGAAAAGCCAGCUUCCCAGUGCCAAGCUUGGGCAGGAUAGACAGACGUGAACCUGUCCCAAAGCAGAGAGUUUCUCCCAGCCUCCACAGAGCUGUGGGCAGACUUGGAUGGGAGUUUUGGCUGAGGAUCUUAUCCCACAGGAUAACCACUGGCAGUGGGAUGUGUUCUGGCUCUGCCUGGCUAGUAUUCACCCAACUUGUACUUUUGGCCAGGCUAUGCACUGCCUUAACAUGCAUAGGGAAAGGCAGGCACCUGGAUCCCACAGGAUCCCAAACCAACAGCAAGCAAGCCUCAGGAAGCCCCCAGGCCAAGGACAGAAGCAGUGACACUGAGGGAGUUGGGGCUGGAGAGCACAAGUGGCCAAGGAGGGAACAAGGUGGGCUGGAGCUGCAGCAACCCUGUCCAGUUUUGGGGACUGAAGGGACCCAAGAUCUGUGGGACCCAGGUUUAAACCUCCACUGAACCUGUGAGCAGAAUUCUGCUCUUGGCUGUCCAUGGUCCAGGUCUUUCUGCUGGAGAUGUGGCAGAGUUGCCUGCAUGUAGCAGGUGUGCAGCAUGCAUGCAAGCCAUGUGCCUCAUCCUGCCCACUAGCCCUUGGGCAGCAGGUUUAAAUCUCAGAUGCUGGCACUGCUGUGUUUCCCUAGUCAGGGUUCGUCAGCUCCACUCACAAUAGCAGCACAUGGGUGUGCGAUUAUCUGAAAGGAUGUUCUUGGGUUAAACUUAGGAAUUUGAAAGGUUUUUCUGGGAAUCUGGUGGCCAGGGGAAGCUCUCCUCUGCUGCAAUGUUGAGCUCUGCUGAGUUUACCUCAGAGAGGGCUUCACUUAUGCCAGAGAUCAGCAUAGUGCUAAAGCCCCCAAGAGCUGCUGAGGGCACAGGACCACUGCAUGGUAGUGGCACAAGAGCAGAGAACUGUGCUGGAAACUCACAAAGGAGCAGAGUGAUACAGCGAGCAUCCAGUAUACAAAUAUGGAUCACGUGUUUCACACAUGAAAAGUGGGUGGCUUUUCCAAGUCUAGUUUAUCAAGGAACAAAGCAAGCUGUGGGUGUGAGGAGUCUCAUGCAUUCCUUUCCCGAUACAUGGAAAUUGACUUCAAGCCAACUGACAGCCUGAGCGAGCCUUUUCUGAGCUCUCCCUGCCCAGCAGCCUGGCUGCAUGGCAGGGGUCUCCCCAAGAACUGCAAUGCCCUCAAGGCUGGUCCUUGAUACACAUGGAGUGCUCUUACCCUCAGCAGAUGUUGGAUAAGUGGCCGGUAUCUCACACAACCCCAUAGUACAGUGACUGUGACGUGUGCCUUGGUAGCUAUGACCCUGUCCUGGUCACUGUAGAUGAUGGGGCAGUCCCUGUGAGCCUCACCCUGAACUUGGUCACUCAUGCCUGUAGGACACCACAUGAACAGUGCUCCUGUGCUACCUCAGACAGUGAAAGUAAGCAACUGCAUCCCUCUGCGCCCGCUGAUUGGCCGCCGCCUGGCACCGCCUCGCUCUCUGAUUGGGCGAGGCUCGGCCAGUGCUGGCCGGCCGCUACCGAACUGCUACUUUCAAAAGCGCCGGGGCCGCAGGUGCGGGCACAGCCGAGUGGGCAUGGCUUGCUCACAGAGACCCAGGGAGAGGGUGCCCUUGCCACGCAAUGCCAAGAUGCUGACCACCAAGCAGCCCCGAUCAGGCAAGGUAGGCCCUGCUGCAGAGAAUUUCGACCCUGAGAAGGAGGAGAGCUGUCAUGCGAAGAGGUCUUCGUCCUCACCCCAGGGCGGGCCCAAGAAGAGAUCAGCAUUCGGAGACAUCACCAAUGCUCGCAAGAACCAGGUGGUGGCAGGGAAGAAGGAGGCUGUGAAGGUUGCCCCACCCAAGGUGCAGAAGGCACAUAAUGCCUUAGGGGUGGCCAAGAACAACGAAAUCAACCUAAAAAAGUCAAUGAAGAAAACUCCCCCAACAGCUCCUGUAGAGCCCAAAGUGGAUCCUGUGCCAGAGAAACCAGUGUCUGUACAGGAACUAAAGCCUCCUGAGCAGAAGCAGGUGCCAGCAGUGGAGGACAUUGAUAAGGAGCAGCUGGGUGACCCCUACGCCAAUGCAGAGUAUGCCAAGGAGAUCUUUGAAUACAUGCGGGAGAGAGAGGAAAAAUUCCUGCUUCCUGACUACAUGGAGAAGCAAACGGACAUCAGUGGGGACAUGCGUGCUAUCCUUGUGGACUGGAUGGUGGAGGUGCAGGAGAACUUUGAGCUGAACCAUGAGACACUGUACCUGGCUGUGAAGCUAGUGGACCACUAUCUGGUGGAGGUGGUGAGCAUGAGGGAGAAGUUGCAGCUCAUCGGCUCCACUGCCAUCCUCAUUGCCUCCAAAUUUGAGGAGCGGUGCCCUCCAUGUGUGGAUGACUUUCUCUAUAUCUGUGAUGAUGCCUACAAGCGGGAGGAGCUUAUUGCUAUGGAGAUGAGCAUCCUCAGCACCCUCAAGUUCGACAUCAACAUCCCCAUCCCCUACCGCUUCCUGCGGCGCUUUGCCAAGUGUGCCCGUGCCACCAUGGAGACACUGACGCUGGCCCGCUUCCUCUGCGAGAUGACCCUGCAGGAGUACGACUAUGCCCGUGAGAGCCCCUCGAAGCUGGCUGCCAGCUGCCUGCUGCUGGCCCUUACCAUGAAGAACCUCGGGGGCUGGACUCCUACACUGGAGUACUACAGUGGGUACAGUGCCCAGGACCUGCACCCCCUGGUGAAGAGGCUGAAUUUCCUGCUCACAUACCAGCCCCGUGGCAAGCUGAAUGCUGUGCGCAGCAAGUACUCACACAGGGUCUUCUUUGAGGUUGCCAAAGUCACCCCCAUGGACAUGCUCAAGCUCGAGGAGACACUCACUAGCUCCUAGCCCUACUCUGUGAAUAAGCUUGUAAAUAAUGGGGUACCCUCAAGCAGGGUGGUACCAUGUACAUAAGUAAUAGUAAUUUUAACUGAGGAAGAGGGGGGGAGGGGGAAAAAAAAGUCAUGUGUAACUGUUAAUAAAAUGUGUUUGUUGUA